AUGUCAGCAACAAGUAACAAUGAAUAUCGAGAAAAUGCACCUAAUGAUGCAGAUGCAGAUGAUGAUGAUGAGACCGAGGAAGAAAACUCUAGUGACGAACAAGAAGAAGAAAUGAAUGUACUUGAACAAGUACAAGGAUUGUUUUCGUCAGAUACAUAUCCGAAUGUAAUUGAAAUGUUUCGUGCUUAUCAAUCAGAUUUUAAUCUUGUGCAAUUUCUUACAACACAUAAAAUUGUUUCACAAUAUGAUUAUAUCCGUUUAAUUAAUUAUAUUCGUCGUGAAAAACCUUCGAUUGAUGAUUUAAAACAAUUGAAACAAUCAACAUCACCUCCAUGGGCCGAUGAUAAAUAUUUCGAGACAGUUAUUGAUAAUGAUCCAGCAUUGCAAUUGGAUAUUGAGGAAGAUUUAAAUCAACUCGGUGGAUUAACAAUAUCAAAAUCUAUUGAAGAAAAUGAUCAAUUAGCAAAAGCAAAUCAAAGAAUUCGAGAAUUAGAAGAAAUGGUUGAAACGUUAAAAUCUAUGACAUCAAGGUUAUUAGAUGAUCAAUCUACCGGUGCAACAACAACAACAUCACCGAAUGUCAAAACUAAGGAUGAUAUUCAAGAUAAGGAUUAUUUUGCUACAUAUAAUCAUUAUGAUAUUCAUAAAGAAAUGCUUCAGGAUACCGUUCGUACUGAAAGUUAUCUAAAAACAAUACAAGAAAAUGUUGAUAUAUUUCGUAAUAAAAUCAUAUUAGAUGUUGGUUGUGGAACAGGUAUUCUUUCUAUGGCAUGUAUCAAAUAUGGACAUGCAAAAAUGGUUAUUGCUGUUGAUAUGUCAGAUAUGAUUUAUGAUGCAAUGGCUAUUGCGAAAGAAAAUAAUAUUGAUGAAUCGAAAAUUGUGUUUAUUCAUGGAAGAAUCGAAGAUGUCAAACUGCCAGUUGAUAAAGUUGAUAUUAUUAUAUCGGAAUGGAUGGGUUAUUUUCUAUUGUUUGAAUGCAUGUUGGAAUCUAUCAUCUUCGCUCGUAAUGCGUACUUAGAAAAGGAGACUGGUUUGGUGUUACCCGACGAUUUCUCUAUACAUCUGUCUGGUUUUCAUUCCGACAGUCUUCAUCAUGAACACAUUGGUUAUUGGUCAGAUGUCUAUGGUUUCGAAAUGAAUACAGUUGCAAAAAAUAUUCUUGCUGAUGGUCAUGUUAUGAUCGUGCCCGCUGAAGAUAUCAUGACUAGUGAUUGUUGUAUUAAAACUUUAGAUAUUUAUACAUGUUCAAAUGAUGAUAUAACUUUUACACAACCAUUCACUCUUGAAGCACUUAAAUCUAGUACGAUAUCAGGUUUUGUUUGCCAUUUUGAUGUCAAUUUUGCCAAGAAUCUUAUUGAAAAGGUACAUUUUUCCACAUCGCCACGAUCACCAGGUACUCAUUGGAAGCAGACUGUAUUCUUUUUACCUCGAUUAUACAAUGUUCAAGAAGGUGAAGAAAUCCAUGGAAAAAUAACGUGUCAAAGACAUCCACAUGAAAAACGCGGCCUCAUUAUUCAUUUACAUGUAUUCGAUUCAAAAUUUAAAUUCUAUCUUGAAUAA